AUGAAAACGGAAGAGAUGAAGGAAGCAUCAGAGUCGUCUCCUCAUCCUCCUCCUUGUACGUCGUUUGCUUCGUUACCAUACGAUAUCAUUCUAAACUGUUUGGCUCGUGUCUCGAGAUUCCAUUAUCCAACCCUAUCUCUCGUCUCCAAAGAGUUCCAGUCUCUCCUUGCCUCCCGUGAGCUCUACGCCACACGAUUUCGCAUCGGAAAAACCGAGAGUUUCCUCUAUAUCUGCUUAAACCUGACUAAGGACAACCCUAAGCCUAGCUGGUUCAGACUUAACCAUAUUCCCAAACAAGAGAGAUUAAUACCCAUCCCUUUGUUUCCUCAUCAACACCCCAAUUCAUCAACCGUUGUCUCAUCCGGUUCAGAUAUUUACAUAAUCGGAGGCUUAGUUUGGGGAGAUAUAAGCAAGAGAGUGUCCAUUUUCGAUUGUCGAUCUCAUCAAUGGCGUAGACUCCCCACCAAAAUGUGUCUACCACGGGCUUCUGCUGCUGCUCAUGUAACUGAUGGUAUGAUCUAUGUGACUGGAGGCUCCAAGUACAAUAGUAACGAGACUCUGGGAGAGGUUUAUGACCCAAAGACCCAAACUUGGGAGCCAGUACUGCUUACAACACCACUAGAUCUCACCACUCAAGCGUGUCGAAAAGUCUAUGACAUGCAUGGCGUGAAGAUGAAUAUUUGCUUUGUAGAGAUAGACAACUUCAUGUGCCAAACCUCGGUAUCCAAAGGGAAGCUAAAGUGGCGUCAUGAUCCAAUGAGAUCAGAUGAUUUUGGCUGGACUAUAAUCAAGGGACUCGAACAACUCUCCUCUAAAUAUUUUACUAAUGUGGAAAAAUCCGGCAGAGGAAGAAGAGUGACAGUGUGGUGGAGGUCGGUGGUGGUGUUUCACCGUCAAGAUCAUGGCUAUUGGUGUAAGGAAUAUAAAACAGAGAUUUGGUGUGCGGAGAUUUCGUAUGAGAGACGUGGUUUACAAGAGCUUUGGGGAUCCGUUGAAUGGUUGAAAAAUGUGUUUACAAUUGAUGGAUGCGACUCUCCUAAGAAGUUUGUUCUGGAUUCUGCCAUUGUGAGGGGGAUGUGA